AUGUUCCAUGCAUCACAGUGGUCUUCAGACGGUAGCUCUAAGCCACGGGAAGUGAUCCAAAUUUGGGCUCACUUAACUGGCGUCCCUUUAGACCUGAGAUACAAGCAAGGUCUUAGUCUAGUGGCUGGUCUUAUUGGAGAACCAAAAGAAACGGAUGACUUUACCUUGAACCUCGUCAGCUUGACAUUGUCGCAUGUUAAAGUUGAAGUCAAGCUGUCUGAACCACUACCUAGAGUUGUUGAGUUCGUCAGACAGAAUGGAGAGAUUGUGGAGAUUCAAGUAGAUUAUCCAUGGGUGCCCCCCACAUGUGCUCACUGCAAAGAACUUGGGCACAUAUCACGCAAUUGUCUUCUUCUGCCUGCUCCUGCAAAGAAAGACCCUCCCCCUUCAAAAAAGGAUCCAAAAACUGCGACUCAAAAAACUGCUAUACCAGAAAAAACUGUUACCUCACCCUCUAAGCCGCUCUCUCCUACCCUCACAUACACCAAUCACUGCCCCUUCCUCCUCCUGAAACCUUACCCCUCUCUCUGA